CCGAAAAGUCUAUUUAAGCCACCGCACCGCUCUUCUUCUUGGUAAUUUUUUGCUACGGGGAGGACAUGUCGCGUCGCGCACGAAUUAAUUAUUAAUCAAGAGAUCCGACAGUGCUUGUGCAGUGCAAGUCUUCCAGAGAUUUUCCCUUUGGUUUAAUAAUAACGAAGGUCGCAUUUUUCAAAACCGGAGGGAACUGUUGGAGCAAAAAUAUCUAGAAGUGGUCCGGGAAUGAGUUUUCCGAGGCGAAACUGGACCUGGAAAUCGUCGCCCAAGGACUGGUGAUCUUUUCUGAAGGGAUAUGCGGCAAUAGAAACUCUAAGCCAAAAGGAGUCAAAGGUCAAACCGAAAAGGGCUAGCAUGAGCGAGAGUGCAAGGGAGGCGGCACACAGACAGACAGCUAGAGAGAGGGAGACGAGACGAGUCGAGGAGCUCCCAUAUGUGCCAACAACCGAGUUAAUAACAUUUCACGCUUGAGGGAGCGAUAAAAGUCUGAUAACGAUUGAUAAACCAACAAACAACCACAACACACAUAACAUAAGAAAACACACACAUCAACAUAUCGUCAACUAAAAAAGAAAACAGGGUACUAACAGUGCUAAACCAAGAUAUUAGUUCCACAUCAUCAAAUUACAAAAUCCCAAAUCGCCAAAACAGUUAACCCAGGAUAAUAGCCUAGGCACGAACGAUAGUUAACAGAGAUUAGAACAAUCAUGACUUUCUCGACCUUCACACGCAAAAUGCGCGGGCGCAUGCGCUCCAAUACCUGUCGGAUCGUCCUGCUCACCUCGCUCGUCUGGGUGAUCUUCGACUUUGUCCUCAUCGCCCGCUAUUCCGAUUGCAUUGGCAAGGACGGAUGGCGCUGCAAAAGAUCCGGGGAGUACGACGUGGAGCUGCCCAAUGCCGAACGCCUGGUGGAUGACAAUCAGCUGGUAGAUGAUAAUGAGAUCAAUACGGAGAAAUCCAUAGAUGGCGAAUCGGGUGGAGCUCUCAUCAUGGGCCAGGGCUUUGCGCCUGGCGGCAUAUCCAUGACCUAUCCCAGUGUGGUGCUAAAGAAGUGGUUCCUGGCGCCCUCCGUUCAGGAGGCCAAGGGCAAGCCGGGCGAGAUGGGCAAGCCGGUGAAAAUACCCGCUGACAUGAAGGAUCUCAUGAAGGAGAAGUUCAAGGAGAACCAGUUUAAUCUGUUGGCCAGUGACAUGAUCUCGUUGAAUCGCUCGCUGACUGAUGUGCGGCAUGAAGGUUGCCGUCGCAAACAUUAUGCCUCUAAGCUGCCCACCACUUCCAUUGUGAUAGUUUUCCAUAACGAGGCCUGGACAACCCUGCUGCGUACCGUUUGGAGUGUUAUCAAUCGGUCACCGCGUGCCCUGCUCAAGGAGAUCAUUCUGGUGGACGAUGCCAGCGAAAGGGACUUCCUGGGCAAACAAUUGGAGGAGUAUGUGGCCAAGCUGCCGGUGAAGACGUUUGUGCUGCGCACAGAAAAGCGUUCCGGUUUGAUUCGGGCUCGUCUGCUGGGAGCCGAGCAUGUUAGCGGCGAGGUAAUCACCUUCCUGGAUGCCCAUUGUGAGUGCACCGAAGGUUGGUUGGAGCCGCUGCUGGCGCGGAUUGUGCAGAAUCGUCGAACGGUUGUUUGCCCCAUUAUUGAUGUGAUUUCCGAUGAGACAUUCGAAUACAUCACGGCCUCGGAUUCCACGUGGGGUGGCUUCAACUGGAAGCUCAACUUCAGAUGGUACCGAGUGCCAUCGCGAGAAAUGGCGCGCCGGAAUAACGAUAGGACUGCCCCACUGAGGACUCCAACGAUGGCCGGUGGGCUGUUCUCCAUCGAUAAGGAUUACUUCUAUGAGAUUGGCUCCUACGACGAGGGCAUGGACAUUUGGGGCGGCGAGAAUCUGGAGAUGUCGUUCCGUGUGUGGAUGUGCGGCGGUGUGCUCGAGAUCGCGCCCUGCUCCCGUGUGGGUCACGUUUUCCGCAAAUCUACGCCGUACACCUUCCCCGGCGGCACCACGGAGAUAGUCAAUCACAAUAAUGCCCGUCUGGUCGAGGUUUGGCUGGACGACUGGAAAGAGUUCUACUACAGUUUUUAUCCAGGAGCUCGCAAAGCUUCGGCUGGCGAUGUUAGCGAUCGUAAGGCUCUGCGUGAUCGCCUCAAAUGCAAGAGUUUCCGCUGGUACUUGGAGAAUGUUUAUCCCGAAAGCUUAAUGCCUCUGGAUUAUUACUAUCUUGGAGAGAUCCGCAAUGCGGAAACGGAAACCUGCCUGGACACGAUGGGCAGGAAGUACAACGAGAAGGUGGGCAUUAGCUAUUGCCACGGCCUGGGCGGCAACCAGGUGUUCGCCUACACCAAGCGCCAGCAGAUCAUGUCCGACGAUCUGUGCCUGGACGCAUCCAGCUCUAACGGACCCGUCAACAUGGUGCGAUGCCACAACAUGGGCGGCAAUCAGGAAUGGGUCUACGAUGCGGAGGAGAAAUGGAUUCGUCACACGAAUACUGGGCAGUGCUUACAGCGCGCCACGCGGGAUGAUGCCAACACGCCGCUGCUUCGUCCCUGCAGCUACGGAAAGGGCCAGCAGUGGCUAAUGGAGUCCAAGUUCAAGUGGCAGGCUCACUAGCUGGAUGGCGAACCGGGUCACCCGACUACAACAAC